AUGAGCCUAUGGUGCCACAGCUCGGUUUUGGUGGGCCCGGAGGGCGGUCGAGAGAGCCUCUUGUCGGCGAGGAAGAGCUGGUCGGAGGAGCGAGGUGAAGAACCGGAAUCAGGCCGAGGUCUGGCGAAGAUUCAUCGAGGUCGCGCCGCAGCCGGAGGCCAGUUUAGCGCCGGAGAGAGAUUCACUAAGGGCUGCCAAGCCAGCAUCCUCUGGAGUAUGGCAAAAUGCCGUCAAAUGGAUUUUUUCUCAGCGUAUUCCCAUGGAUUCCUCCGAGUUGCCGUUUGCGUACCUCGGGUAAAGGUUGCAGAUCCACGUUUCAACGCCGCUCAGACCGUUGAGCUGGCCCAAGAGGCUUCAACGGAUGGGGUCGGUUUGGCUCUUUUCCCCGAAUUGGGCUUGUCGGCCUACAGCAACGAAGAUCUUUUUCACCAGGAAGCUCUCCUCGAGGCGAGUCGGGAGGCGCUCAGGGAGGUCCUAGAGGCCAGUCGAGAUCUUUCUCCUGUGAUCAUCGUCGGUCUCCCGCUUCGAUUCGAGGGCAAGUUGUUCAAUUGUGCGGUCGUGCUCUACCAGGGGAAGAUCUUGGGCGUCGCCCCCAAGAGUUACCUUCCCAACUAUCGGGAAUUCUACGAGCGGCGCCAAUUCGUCCCGGCCGCUCACGCCUUCGAGUCGACAGUGGAGCUCUUGGGAGAGGAGGUUCCCUUUGGUGCGGAUCUGAUCUUCCAGGCCCGAAAAUGGAAUCCCUUCACGUUUCAUGUGGAGAUCUGCGAGGACUUGUGGGUACCGGCUCCUCCUAGCAGCUUUGCUGCCAUGGCUGGUGCAAAGGUGCUCUGCAAUCUGUCUGCUAGCAAUGUCACCAUCGGCAAGGCGGCGUACCGGAACACUCUGGCAGCAGCGCAUUCCGGGCGUUGCGUAGCGGCCUACCUCUACUCUGCUGCCGGCUCCGGCGAAUCGACGACGGACCUUGCUUGGGACGGCCAGGCUCUGGUGUACGAAAACGGAGAGUUGCUAGGGGAAUCUGAGCGCUUCUCCGACCAUCGGCAGCUUGUCAUCACCGAUAUCGAUCUAGAGAG